CCAAGCAACCCUGCAAACGGAACUCCACCUGUCGUGAGGGAACUGACUACUGUGAAGUCCUCUACGAACCGUUCAAGGGCCCGAGGCCCGGCACCACCGGCUCCCGCAUUUCGGGCUUCCGUUGUGUCUGCAAGCCCGGCUACGAGGGCGUGUUGUGCGAGCGAGAAACGGAUAAUUGCCGCAACAAUCGCUGUCAGAAUGGCGCCCAGUGUGUGAAGCUCAUCGGUCGGUACAGGUGUGAUUGUGCACCAG